AUGGCUGCUGUGCGCUGCUUGGCCGGGCUGCGCGGCGGGGCUGCUGCGGGCGGCUGGAGGCCGCUGCUGGCCCGCUGGCCCCGGGGCUACCACACCGAGCGCGGCGUCUACGGCUACAAGCCCAGCCGCCAGGCGGAGGAACCCGGCCGGGGCGCGGAGCGAGCGGAGCCCUGCCGGCGAGCAGCCGACCACGGACUAGCUCGCUUAGUGACUGCCUAUCAUGAACAUGGGCACAAAGCUGCCAAAAUCAACCCGCUCUUUGCUGGCCAGGCUGUGAUGGACGCGGUGCCAGAAAUUCAGGUUUUGACGGAAACCUUACAAGGCCCUUUCAAUACAACAGGGCUUUUGAACAUGGGAAAGGAUGAAGCUUCUCUUGAAGAUGUCCUGUCUUAUUUGGGGCACAUCUUCUGCGGACAUAUCUCCAUAGAGACCAGCCAGCUAUCGAGCAUGCAAGAAAAGGAAUGGAUUGCUAAACGGUUUGAGGAGCUGAAGCAAGAAGCUUUUACUACCGAAGAGAAAAAGUAUUUGUCCAAGCUCAUGCUAGAAUCUCAGGAAUUUGAUCGCUUCUUAGCCACCAAGUUUGCCACGGUGAAACGCUAUGGUGGCGAAGGUGCGGAGAGCAUGAUGGGAUUCUUCCAUGAAUUAUUGAAGAUGUGCUCGUAUAGCGGGGUGACGGACAUCGUCCUUGGGAUGCCUCAUCGUGGAAGACUUAAUCUUCUCACAGGUCUUCUUCACUUUCCCCCUGAGCUGAUGUUCCGUAAGAUGCAAGGCUUGAGCGAAUUCCCGGAGAAGUCGCCUGCCAUCGGAGACGUCCUAUCCCACCUCACGGCCUCCGUGGAUCUGGACUUCGGGUCUCACCGCCCAAUUCACGCCAUCUUGUUGCCGAAUCCUUCCCACCUCGAAGCCAUCAACCCCGUGGCGGUUGGCAAAACCAGAGGGAGACAGCAAACGUUGCUGGAUGGGGAUUACUCCUUAGCCAGCUCGGCCCAGCCAGGAGAUAAAGUCAUUUGCCUGCAGGUGAGCAACAGCCCCCUGUCAGAAGAAGCGGUACUCGGCUUUGAGUAUGGAAUGAGUAUUGACAACCCCAAUCUGCUGCCCGUUUGGGAGGCUCAGUUUGGUGAUUUCUUCAACGGAGCUCAGAUAAUAUUUGACACAUUUGUCUCUGGAGGAGAAGCCAAGUGGCUCCUGCAGAGCGGACUGGUGGUUCUCCUUCCACACGGCUACGACGGGGCUGGCCCGGAACAUUCUUCUUGCAGGAUUGAACGGUUCUUGCAGAUGUGCGAUAGCUCAGAAGAGGGGAUCGAUGGGGACCACAUAAAUAUGUCUGUGGUCCAUCCAACCACCCCAGCACAAUAUUUCCAUUUGCUUCGGAGACAGAUGGUUCGAAACUUCCGGAAACCCCUCAUUGUGGUGUCGCCCAAAACUCUCCUUCGCUUACCUCUCUGCCUUGUAAGUCGACCCGCCUUGCCAGCUCCCGCCGUGGGCAUCGGUGUUCUGCAUCAGCAACAGCAGCAAAAUCUCCUUACCGAAACAUUUGCUUGAGACUUAACCUGCAGUGGGACUUUGGGCGUUACAACGAGGCCAGGAAAACAAGAAUCCAAAACUGGAAAGAAUCUUUGCUCUUGAGGUAUGCUGCUGAAAAUGAAUUUGGCCGAACCAGAGUUAAAAUGGAGUCUCCUAUUCCUUUUCCUACAGAUGUAAACAAUUGCCUACAAUUCUGCCAAUGCAAAUUCAUGGGAUUUAAACGUGUUUACAUUGCUCUGGUUUGCACCGAUAGGUGAGUGUGAGGAACAGACCGACAUUUUUAAUCACUUAAUCAAUGAUUGUUAUGGAAGUUCUUAAAUUGUAUUAACAAUGCAACAGUGCUUGCCUGUGGCAUUACAAGUCAAACUGCAGGAGUUAGGUAUUUUCCAUUAGUCAUCAUCACCAUAAAAAAAACAAAACCCCAGGAUGACUUUCUCGAAUUAAAGUAGCUUUUUCUGAUACUGCAAAAGAAAGUAUUUAUUACAGUUGAUUUACUUUUCAGAACAAUGCUAGGUAUUUGUAAACCAUACUAAAUCAGGGAAACUUUAAAUACAGGGAUUAUUGUACAUAUGGCUCUUAUUACUAAAACAAGUCCUGUUAUAUGUGUGCACUUUAACCAUCUUUUAAAAGCUACAUAGGCCUACUUUAUGAAAAUAAAAAAUAAAUAAAUCUGGGCUAUGUCAUUUUGGAUUCUAGACAGUGGAAUAAUGUUGCUGAACAAUUCUCACCCCCCAAAAAAUACAUUUUUUGUGUACAAAUGUAAGUCUUCUAUAGAUCUAAGUGCUACGUGCCAGCCUUAAAUUUAUUUUAUUAUAUACUUACAUAUGAAGCCAUACAUUUUCCAUCAAUGAUCCAAAAGCAGAAACAUUUUCAGCAUUAUCUUUGCUAAUUCCUUAGAUUUGAAAUUGAUUAUGAAAGAUUCUUUGGCCAUCUAGUCAAUGUUGAGUCUUAUCAAUCACAUACCCAGAUUUUUUUUUUUUUUGAGAAGAUUUGAAAUAGAGGGAAAAUAAAUUGAAAACUGCAAUUGUUGGAUGAAUUAUAGCAGGUUCUGUUCUCACAUCUAUAAAUUGAUAUUCUGUAUUAUGAAAUAAUGGGGGUGGGAAAUAUCACAUCUUCCUCUUUGAUUUGAUUUGCUUUGAAUGUCUUAAUUGCACUUUCUGUACCUGCAACCGAAAUGUUUUAGGAACUGUGACACUGAUUUCUUUUCAAGUCUUUUCACGUUUCCAAAGUAACUUUUAUAGCACUAUCCAAAUGCAUUUUAUGU